AUUUUAUUUUCCAUUUGAUUUGAUGAAAUCAAAAAUGAGCACUGAGUCAGAGCUCAACAAACUUGGCUCCAAUGUGAACCAUAUCCCAUUGUUUUUCUUUUUCCCCUGAAUUCCCUUUGACUAUUUCACUUUCGUGUCAUCCUCUGUCAUCAGUCUGGAAUUUCCACUCAGGCUUCUCCCGGCUGCCUCCAGGACGCCCUAUUAAAAGAGAGCUGAAUUCAGCUGCUGCAGUCUGAGCUGCAUCUGCCAGAGCUUCUGGUCCUGCUUUGACUGCCUUCACCUGACGGGAAGAUGAGGGUCUCUGCAGCUGUUUUUGCUCUUCUCCUCAUUGCAGCCUCUUGCUCCCAAACUUUCUCUCGCCCAGCCGGACCCGACCUCCCAAUAUGCUGCUUCUCUUAUGCACACCAGAAGCUCCCGCGGAAGCUCAUCCUGCGUUAUUACAGCACCAGCACCAGUUGUACCCUGCCGGCCAUCGUGUUCAUCACAAAGAAAGGCCGCCAGGUCUGUGCCAAUCCCAGUGACACCUGGGUGCAAAGUUACCUGCAAAACUUGAAGCAGAACUGAGCAAAGCAAGAUGGCAAGCGUAGUUGCUCUCAGGCACAAGCUGCGUUAUCUUCAGCUCCUGCGAUGGAGCAGGACUCCGGGGCAACAGGAGCUGCAUGAGCCCAUGUCAUCUGCAGGCAGCUCCAAGGGACUGCUCCAAGGGCACCACGAGAACCUUGUGUUGGGGUGCUGCUACUUGCCCUUGGCUUGCAUGGACCAGUCUGCAACCUCAUCCAUCUGCCCUGACACCUCUGCCUGUGGCUUGGGAAGGCCCAAGAGACUGCACUUCUAUUGUUUUUAUAUCAUUUUAAAUUAUUUAAGAAAUUAUCACAUGGGAUAGGCAGUAUUUCUGUGGGUAAUAACACUGUUUUUGGGAGUGUGGCAGGGAGGGUUUUUAUGAAGGGUGGCUCAGAGUCUCAGUGUUGGAUGAUGGGUGGCCCUUGCUUACAUGUGUGAAAUGAUGAUUCUGGAGAAUAAAGAAUUUGGUCAAAA